AUGCAGUCGAUCGGCGUCACUACCGGGUCCAUGGCGGGCGACACCUCCAUCAUGCCCCAAUGGUACCUGGCAGCGGAGCAGAUUGCGAAGAAGUCCCUUGAGUCCGGAACGACGUUGAUGGUCAACCUAAAGAGUGCCUACCGUCGCGGCAAUGAUGAUAUGCGUCUGCAAUCCCAGUAUGAUCCGGCCGAUUGUCGACUUUCCUAUGCUCUUGAAAAUAUCUUUCAGCCGGCAACAACUUGGGUCUCUGCGGUAAACGCACUCUGCGGUGAUGGCAAGUGUGUCUAG